AUGAACGGCAACAACCUUCAGCUCUUCUGGGAGAUCGCCUCGUCCGAUCAGGAUGCGCGAUUGACUUCCGCAAACCAACUCGUUCAAGAGCUCCUCUCGCAGCAAGACGUGCUCGCUUCUUCCUCCAAGAUCACCCUCGACCUUCCUACGCCACCAGAAAGCAGCGACGCCGACCAAGAUGGCGACGACGCUGACCCUUCCAACGCCUUGACAGUCGACGAGCAAGAGGCAGAGGCCGUCGAGGAAGCUCUGGGGAACCGCACCGUCGCUGACCUCAUGUACGCGCUGCGACGUUUGCUGCGGGGCCUGGCUAGUCCAAGGGAAAGCUCGCGUCUCGGCUUUGCGGUCGUCCUUACAGAGCUCCUCUCGCGCAUCCGCUACGCUGUUACCGCCAACGAGAUUCUCAUUCUCGUCCUCAAAUACUCAAAUCCACAAGUCGCAGCGAGCAGACAGGAGCAGAAGGAUUUCAUGUUUGCCAAGCUCUUCGGAAUUAUGAGCCUCGUCCAAUCCGACUUGCUCGUUCAGCCAACAGCCACCAUCGACGAUUUCAAGCGCAGCAUGCGUAUCCUCAUCGCUCUUUCCUCCGACAAGCCUUGGAUGGCAGAGAGCUGCGCUUGGGUCAUGGUCAACGCUGUCGCUCAGCUGCAGCAUCCCGAGGUCUCUGUCGACUGGGCUCAUUCAGCACAGUCGUGGAUGACCGAGCAGAUCUCGUCCACCAAAGAGCUGAGCCCCGAAAAGCUCGCCAUCCUGCUGCAGCUAAGUAACGGAGCAGGCGCCGACUUUUUCCACAACGUAGCCCUCCCAUCCAUGCGCAAGGAGCAUCCGCUUUCCGCCGCCAACCUCGGCUCGCUCGCACGUGUGCUCAAGGAGGCCAUCCCAUCCGAGAACGAGGCGACUGCCCCCGUCGGCGCACGCUCUCGCUGGCAAGCCAAAAUCCACUUCGUCUGGGAUCUUAUCCUCGACAUCUUUUUCGACUCUGCUUCCACAGCUGCCGAGAUGAGAAUUGCUUCCUUCCCCGACUUUUACCGUGUUGUCGUCGACGAGACGCUCUUCGCCGCCGCUUCGUCGCACGACCGCAAGUCGUGGGGCUUCCAGGUCUUUCAGCGUGCUCUUCCACGUGCCAACGACACAGACAAGCCGAUGCUCUUCACGCCCAACUUCAUGCGCACGCUCAUUAAUCAGCUUGGCAACCGCGACCGUCUGCUGCACCGUGCCGCCGUGAAGGCCACGGAAAGCAUUCAGGACGUCGUCAAGCAACAACCCCACCUCGGUUUCGUCCUCGUCACGCAGCUCAUCGGCAAAAACGGUCAUCAGAACUUUGAUUCCAUCACAAAGACCAAGACGGUCGAGCAGGUCCUGUCUGCGCUCGACACGGAUCGUGUGCGCGAGUAUGUCAAGCACCUCGGCGACAUCAUCUGCCAAGGGAUCGACACUGAGGACGAGGACGAGUUGACAGAGAUCUCCAACCGAAGAAAAUGGGCGCUGGACCAGCUGCUGUUUUUGGUGCGUACGCCAACGGUACCCAAAGACGACCAGCUGCUUGUCGAUAUCCUCUCCUUCCUCGCCGCACAUGGCUACUUCACCAUGCAGAAGCCUCUGCAGAAGCGCCUUUUGCUCGAGCGCCUGCCUACGCCUGCCUUCACCGACUCGCUCAAGCAGGUGACGCGUUCGCGCUUCCUCUCGAGCGUCUCGGAACUCGCCAAGCAGGCUUCGCCUUCUUCGGCUGCCGGCAAAAAGACGCCCGGCGUAGCUCAGGACGGUCAGCUGUGGCUCGCCAAGGCACACGACAUCCUGCUGCAGUUGGAGAAAGACAAGAGCUUCAAGUCGAUCUUCGACCACGACGAUGAGAUCGCAGCCAAGCUCGCAGACGGCGUUCGUUGCCUCGACAAGGUGCGCAAGUUUGAAGCCAAGAGCUCUGACGCCGAUGUCAAGGAGCGCUCGCGUGCUUUCCAGUCGCUUCUGCUUUCCGCUCUGCUUGUGUCGGCGGACGCGGCCGACGGCGCAUCGGACUUUGUGGAACCGCUGUCUGCCUGCGCGGAUAAGCUGUUCUCUGUCUCGACGGCUGGGUCGUCUCGCAAGGCCAAGCAAGCGGCGGAGGAGGACAAGGUGACAGGCAUCGAGCUGCUCUGCGACUGUCUGCUCAACUUCCUCGAGCUCUCGUCGGCGUUCCUGCGCACUUCGGCCACCAACGCGUUCGAGGCGUUCGCACAGGACAUGACCAAGGAGAGCAUCGGCUUGCUGCUUUCGCAUCUUGGCACCGCCGAAGAAGCGGCUCCUGAGCAAGACGAGGACGAGGAUAUGGAAGAUGAGGAGGCAUCCGAGGAGGACGACGAAGAGAAGGAGGGAGAGGCACGAGCUUCCGACACGUCGGCCACGAGUGACGACAACGAGUCCGAUGCUGAUGCAGACGACGACGCUGAGGACGAUGACGAAGAUGAGCAAGUGGACGAGGAGCUUCGUGCGCGUGUGCGUGCUGUGCUCAAGGAAUCAGGUAUGGCCGAUCCGGACGACGACGCUGAGUACGAAGGCGAGGAGGAGAACGACGACGAGGCGGAGGAUGCACAGUCGGAAGCCGGCUCCGAGUCGAGUGUCGAGUUCUCCGAUCUGGGUGAUGACGAGAUGAUGCUCUUGGACGACAAGCUCGCCGAGGUGUUCCGUCAACGAAUCUCGGCGGCACGCUCGCAGAAGGAGGCCAAGCAGGAAGCCAUUGCGCUGCGCUUCAAGGUGCUGGAGCUCGUCGACAUCUUUGCCCGCAAGCAGCCUUCAAGCGCACUGAUGUUGGACCUCAUCCUGCCUCUGUACGAGUUGUGGAACAACCGGGACGAGGACACGGAGCAGCUUGCCGCCAAAGCCAAGACGUUGCUGCUGAGCCGCAUCAGCAAAGCCAAGACGGUGCCGGACGAGUUUGACGCCGAUCAAGUGAGCGAGUUGCUGCAACGCAUGCACGCCGAUGCACGCGAAUCGCAGUCGAACGACGUGUCCAACGUCAGCCAGGCUCUCAGCCUGUACCUGACCAAAGUGGCGCUGUCUAAGAGCGGCGACGACGUCAAAGCGGCACUGGGAGGCAAGCUGGUCGAGAUCUACCGCGAGUCGCUGCUCGACUACCUCAUGAGGAAGGCGAGCCGACUGCGACACGAGUUCUUGAUCGAUGCCUUCCGUCGCUUCCCGCUGCUUGGUUGGGAGCUUCGAUCGGAGCUGCUCGACAACUGUCGACCGGGCGCGGCUACACGAGCGUUCCGACAGGUGCAGGUCAUGUCGAUGCUGCAGGCCGUGCUGACGCAGAUCGCACAACGAGCGGAGAAGGCAGAGGUGCUCACGUUCGUGCCCGAGAUCAGCACGUGCUUCGUGCAGAUUGUCAACGACUCGUGCGAUGCAGCCUCGACGUCGGCGCUCAGCUCGAACCACAUGAAGGACACGAUCAAGUUUGUGCUGCAAGCGGCGAGGAUCAGCUCCAGGAUCGAACCGGAGAGCCAGGAGAAGCUGCAGAGCGCAUGGAAAGUGUCCAAGCUGCAAGACGCUGCGCAGAAGUUGCAGAACUCCGACGGGUACAAGGCGUCGACGUCGAUCCACGACUUGAUGAAGCAGUUGCUCAAGGUGGUGCAGCCCGCUGCGGAGGGCAGCGUCGCUGAUGGCAAGAAGAAGAACAAGAAGCGUGCUGCCGACGAUACGACGCCUGCCAAGGUCAACGGCAAGUCAGCAUCGCCAGCCAAGAAGGUCAAGGCGAGCUCCAAGUGA